AUGGCGUGUCUUCAGAAGCUCAGAGAGGAAGUUGCUACUCUUGAAGCUAAAUUCCCUCACUCGCACGAAAGAUUUCAAGUUCUUUCAGCCUCUGUCGACGAGCUAACUUUAAAAUUUAUUGAUCCACAAAGCAAUUCCAUUAUUAUCACAGCAAAUAUACAGGAGAAAUACCCAAGAACUGCACCCAUAUGGUUUAGCGAAAGCGAGGAUUCUACAGUUACUGAAAUACUGCAGUCUUUAACCGAUGCUGAGCCACCUUGUAAUAUACUGGCACAAACGCACGAAUUAGUGACGCGCUUAUGUCGAUACUUUGAAGUCACUAUUCCUGUCGAACUUCCGUCCAUUGGACCGGAGGGGGAAGCAGACGAGGGCAUGGACAGUGAAGACGAACUAAUCGAAAUGGAAGAAGAUCCUGCGCGGAGAGAUCACCCGGAUGAUGAGGGCGUCUCUGCCGAGGGUUUGGCCGUCUUGGCUCGUUUGAAUCAUGUCCAGAGGCAACAACAUUUGACGGGUACUGUUGCAGGUUCGCUGGCUGCAACAGAUCGUUUAAUGAAAGAGCUAAAAGAUAUCUAUCGUUCACAGUCAUAUAAAAACGGUGACUACUCGGUUGAGCUUGUCAAGGACAGUUUAUAUGAAUGGAAUGUUAAAUUGAAAAAAGUGGAUGCAGAUAGUAGUUUGGCUGCAGACAUGGUGCAAUUGAAGAGGCAGGAAAAUCAGGACUACCUUCUAUUUCAUUUCGUUUUCAAGGAUACUUUUCCGUUUGAGCCGCCAUUUGUGCAUCUCGUUUCUCCUACCAUUACAAAUGGCUUUGUUUUGAGUGGAGGUGCAAUAUGUAUGGAACUGCUGACCAAACAAGGUUGGACUAGCGCAUAUAGUAUUGAAGCUCUCAUUACGCAGAUCGCAGCAACUUUAGUUAAAGGGAAGGCUCGAAUACAAUUCGACGUCAAAGGACAAUACAGUAUGAUUAAAGCACAGCAAGCAUUCAACUCUUUAGUUCAAAUUCAUGCUAAGUCUGGAUGGUACACUCCUCCUAAAGCGGACGGAUAA